AUGUCCAAUGCAUCGAACCCCCAUCCGUGGCUGAGAAGAACAGCCAUGCAAAUGUCCCUCCAGAGACUGCCCAUUCUCCACAGCUUGGUAUCCAAGUCCAACUGUCUACGUACCAAAAUGAAGAAACCCAUGAUGAUUCAUAAGCUUGUUUUUCUCAAGAAAUCCAUAAAGCUUAAGAGGUUUAAGCUCCUCAAGUAUUACAACUAUGGCUACCUUGGAGGGUAUCAGUUUGACUCCCCUUCAACUACUCCUCUUGUUCAUUACUGCAACCAACAACACGAGGUCCAAAACAGAAACAUCCAUGAUUUUUACUCGGUGCUGUUUUGGUGCAAGUGUUUUGGUAGCUUGAAAGCUCAAGCGAGAGAAGAAGAUGUGGCUGCUCCUAUGGAAUCGCCCCUGGCAGGGGAAAUAGAUUUUGAAGAUGAUGAUGAUUCAGUUGAUGAGAGGGCUGAGAGAUUCAUUGAAAAUUUCUACGCAGAGAUGAGGCUGCAAAGGCAGGAAUCAUUUUGA